AAGCCCCGCCCAUUCUCCGGCAGAGGACAGCUUGAAGAUGGCGGCGUCCCUGAGGUGCUUUCUCCGCUCAGGAAAGAAUGCCGUGUCGGCUCUCGGACAGCGGGAGUUUCACAGGAGCGCUCCGGCCGCGGCGCAGGUUACGGUCCGUGAUGCCCUGAACCAGGCGAUGGACGAGGAGCUGGAGAGGGAUGAGCGGGUGUUUCUGAUGGGCGAGGAGGUGGCCCAGUACGACGGCGCCUACAAGGUGAGCAGAGGUCUGUGGAAGAAGUAUGGAGACAAACGCAUCAUCGACACCCCCAUCUCAGAGAUGGGGUUCGCUGGAAUCGCAGUGGGAGCCGCCAUGGCCGGCCUCAGACCCAUCUGUGAGUUCAUGACCUUCAACUUCUCCAUGCAAGCCAUCGACCAGGUCAUCAACUCUGCAGCCAAGACCUACUACAUGUCCGCCGGGCUGCAGUCGGUGCCCAUCGUCUUCAGAGGACCCAACGGAGCGUCGGCCGGCGUCGCCGCUCAGCACUCACAGUGCUUCGCUGCGUGGUACGCUCACUGUCCAGGCCUGAAGGUGGUGAGUCCCUGGAACGCAGAAGACGCCAAAGGUCUCCUGAAGGCGGCCAUCAGAGAGGACAACCCCGUGGUUUUCCUGGAGAACGAGCUGAUGUACGGAGUUCCCUUUGAGAUGUCGGACGAGACGCAGUCCAAAGACUUCAUCAUUCCCAUCGGCAAGGCCAAGAUCGAGAGAGCAGGGACUCACGUCACCCUGGUGUCUCACUCUCGGAUGGUGGGCCUCUGCCUGGACGCCGCCGCCGUCCUGUCGAAGGAGGGCAUCGAGUGUGAGGUGGUCAACCUUCGCACCAUCCGCCCGAUGGACGUGGAGAGCAUCGAGGCCAGCGUGAUGAAGACCAACCACCUGGUGACGGUGGAGGGCGGCUGGCCUCAGUUCGGAGUCGGAGCCGAGAUCUGCGCCAGGAUCAUGGAAGGCCCCGCCUUCAACUACCUGGACUCCCCGGUCACCAGGGUGACGGGCGUGGACAUCCCGAUGCCGUACGCCAAAAUCCUGGAGGACAACAGCCUGCCGCAGAUCAAAGACAUCAUCUUCUCCGUGAAAAAGACCCUGAACGUCUGAGACGCACAAACACCUGAGUCCUCGUGUUCACGCCGGGCAGCGCAAACGUUGUCCGGUUUAAAAAAAAUAAAAAUAAAAAAAUAUAUCCGACCCACGUUGUAAAUACAGAGAUAAUGUUCCGCUAGAAACACUCCCGACUGUCAGGUGUCCAGCCAGAUGUUGGUCGAUGAAACGCACAGCUGUCGGACUCGAAGGGUUCUGACUGAACGCCGGAAGGCCGCUCUGACGUGGAAGUUCACUAACGACCAAACGGCUGAGCGAGCACGAAAAAGAAAACGCACAAAAAAAAUAAUAAUCCAGAUUUCUGAAAGGCUUUCGUCCGACUUCACAUCAGCUGUGCCAAGAAUCAAACGUCGUAUUUAUUGAACACUUUCCAGACACGAAACUCGAGCGUCAGACUGCGUUUCAUUUGGAUGAAGUUCUUUAUUUUUGCUUUUUGUGAAUCGAAAGAGUUAAAACACGUUUAUGUUUUUAAAAUCUAAUCGCUGACUUUGUUCUCUUAACUUGCAAACGAAUCCACCUGUGAGUCGUGCUCUCUUCCUGCCGUUUAGUUGUUAAUAAACUCCCACAUGUUCCCACCAGAACACAAUAAAGUCUGAGUGUUAAUCCUCUCUCUGUCUGACGGGUUGGUGAAGAGCGAAGACCGGGAGUAUUUAUUGUAGCUGCAGCAGCUCUUGAUUCUGUUGCUGUGAAAUGACUCUGUUACCGAAGUAAUAAAAACCUGUCAGUCCUUUAA